AUCGAUGGUUCAAAUUGUACGUUAGCAUUUGUGAUUUUGUCAAUGAUUUAUACUUGUGGUGCAAAUUAAUUAUCUGAAAAAAAUAGAAAUGAGAAAGCCUCCUUUACAGACAUUUUAACGUACGAAUUUUAGGAAAUACAAAAACGAAACUUCUUAAAUUCGGCAACGAAAGCUUUUAGAGCAGCUUAAUAUGAUCACAUUACGUGGAAAACUGAAAAAGGACAAUGAUAUAACGAAUUCAAAGAACAACAAUAGACGGGUUUCAAUACGUGAUAAAUUAUUGAUCAAAGAGGUGCAAGAAAUGGAACAAACAUUGCCAUUAACUUGUCAAGUCACAUUCAAAAAUCCAGAUUGUCUACAUGAAUUUAUAUUGUUAAUUAUACCAGAUGAAGGAUAUUGGAUCGGUGGUCAUUUCUAUUUUCAAAUUUAUAUAACGGAGGAAUAUAAUAUGACGCCACCAAUAGUGAAGUGCUUAACAAAAUUAUGGCAUCCUAAUAUAAGUGAGGAUGGUGAUGUAUGUCUUUCCAUUUUAAGACAAAGCAGCAUUGAUGGAUUGGGAUGGGCACCAACGCGCAAACUAAAAGACGUUGUAUGGGGUUUAAAUUCUCUUUUCACUGAUCUCUUAAAUUUUGACGAUCCUUUAAAUAGGGAUGCAGCAGAAUUGUUUAUCAAGGACAAAGAAUCCUUUCGAAAUAAAGUUAAAGAUUAUGUAAUGCAAUAUGCAAAGAGAUGAUUUAUAUUGUAAUUUUAAGACAAGACUAAUUAUGUACAUUUAUUGUAUUGAUUUCACAUAUAUGUAUAUGUAUGUAUGUAUGUAUGUAUGUACGUGUGUAUAUAUAUAUAUAUACACAUAUACAUAUACACAUAUAUAUGUAUGUAUGACUGUACGUAUGUCUCUUUUUAGUGAAUGAGUCAAGAACUUGCUCAAAUGUGCUUUAGAUUGAUAUGAUUUAACUCAGUUUAAUAUUUUGCUAGUCUUCUUUUGCCUGAAAGAUAUUACUGAUUCGAAUUUUAUAUAAUUAAAUUUUUCUUCUCGGAUUGUUAUAGAGAGAAAUUAUAUUCAUAUAUAUUAAUUAUAAUCUAUAUAUAUUAUAUAUGAAAAAAUUGUAAAUCUAUGAAGAGGAUAAAAAUGGAUCACGUGUACAAUAAUGUUUUUUUUUUCUCAAUGAGACAUAAUAUAAUGUGAGAUGUAAUGUUCCUUUGGGACAUCUGUAAAUAAAAUGGGUGUUUAAUAAUAUACUCAAGUCGCGUUGUAAUUUACAUGUUCUUGAUAAAAAAACAUAAAGAAGGAAUCACAGAUAUAUGUUUGAAGUAUCGAAUGUAUCUUAAAUAUAGAGAAUACAGGGCUCUCCAAAGUUAAUGUGCGCAAUUAUUUCAUCAAAUAUUUAUUUAUAAUUUUCAUACAACGUAUGAUCGAAAUUUUCUGCUAAAUUUCAAAAAAUUCGAUUUGCACUUUGAUUCGUUAAAAUGUAUAAGCAACAAUUCCUUUAUAUUAGACUCGUCAAAUUAACGGACGGUUGAGAAACUUAUCAUUUACUUAGGCGCCGACGGAAUUCGUCGGCGAAGCAUCAACGAUCGAUUGACACAAUGAUAUAUCUUUGUAGAUAUAAUUACAAGUUGUAACAAAUAAAUUAUAACACAAGAAAUUCCUCGUAUUUCUCAUCAUUUCUCCUCG